GCAUUUUUGAGGGUUUUUUUCUUUGUUAAAGGUACCUGCGAGCUGAGUUUUUAAUCUUUACAUCCAAACAUUUAUUUAAGGGUAUUACUGUCUAUUGCUAGUCUGGCUUUUUAAUCUUUACAUCAAAACAUUUUUGUUACGGUAUUACUGUGUGUUGCUAUUCCCCGCAAGUUUUUUUUCUCGCAUUAAUCGGUUCAUCCCCUUCGCCAAAGCGGUAUUUUGUUACGGCAUUACUGUGUGUUGCUAUUCCCCGCAAGUUUUUUUUUCUCGCAUUAAUCGGUUCAUCCCCUUCGCCAAAGCGGUAUUUUGUUACGGUAUUUCUGUCUGUUGCUAUUCCCCGCAAGUUUUUUUUUCUCGCAUUAAUCGGUUCAUCCCCUUCGCCAAAGCGGUAUUUUGUUACGGUAUUUCUGUCUGUUGCUAUUCCACGCAAGUUUUUUUUUCUCGCAUUAAUCGGUUAUCCCCUUCGCCAAAGCGGUAUUUUGUUACGGUAUUUCUGUCUGUUGCUAUCCCACGCAAGUUUUUUCUUCUCGCCUUAAUCGGUUCAUACCCUUCGCCAAAGCGCUACUGGGCAUCGCACCAGAACCAUAAUCAACCCAACGUUAACCAUCUUUUGCAUGUUGAAAAGGAUGAUUUGUCAAGAAAAACGCGUAAUGCUUUUGAGAUCAUCCCAGUUUUCCUCCCGCAAAAUAAAUAAGACCUAAAUUUCUGCAUCUACUUUACAGGGGAAAAUUAGAAGUAGAAAAUUUGGUCAGUGAAAAAGGGGUGCGUGGCGAGGCUAUUUGAGAAAUACUUUAACUGUAUCGAAAAGUGCUUUAGCACCCGAUGCGGCUUGUUAGACUUAAGCAGUGGGGGAUGAUAAUAUUUUGUUGGUGCUGUAAAAUGCUGGCAAGUAGUCGAUCGGUUGACGGCGUAGCAGUGAGCUUAAUGAAGCGAGUCACGUCCAAAGGGGAGGAGAUUCCGCCCACUAACCUGCGCGCCACUUGUUUAGCUGUCACAGGAAUUAUGUCAACGAUGACAACGAGAAAACCGCUGGGACGGCUUGUCGGUGGAAUGUAAAUUUGUCGAUAUUUUAAAGAACAUCCUUUUCUUACGCCGUACGAUCAGUUGAGAAAUUCAGUUUGCGAAUUGAUUUUCAAGCUUCUUAAUGGACAAUGCACUAGCGACCUGAAUGGUGUAGGGUUCUUUUGAUAAAUCAGUCGGCGGACAAAGAGGACUAUAGAGAUUCUUGUCUUCUCUAAUGAUAUUGCCCCUUUAAAGUCCAUGUAUAUCUUCCCUUGCAUUGUUCUGCAUUUCAUCUAAUGUUCACAUCAAAAAGGAUAUCGCUAUCGAACAAGGGUGAAAUUAACAAUGUCUGAACAGCAAUAGCUUUAAAAAUACAACAUCUCACCACAGCUGGCGAUACCAAAAAAACAUCUCUAUAACGUUGAAGAAUUUGAUUCUUUAAGAAUUCUUAGAAAUAGGUUUUAGUGCUCAGCAGUGAGUAGCAGACAACUCUCUAAACAAAAGGAUAAUCAUGUUACUUCAAAGUAAAAAGAAUUAAGUGAGUCUUCAUAAAUAGGUGAUAAAGCGUGCUGCAUAAAUAGCCCGAUAGCCAGCGAGAAAAAAAAAAGCAUAUGGCCCCAGACAUAUUUUUAAUCUAGAUCUUGCUUAUUGCAAUUGUUUUAAUUCUAAAUUAGCCGUGUGGUGCGUAACCCCUGAAGGUGAAACACCCUUAGAGUGGUGUGUAAUCAUCUCUAAGAUAUACGAUAUACAUUGUCGCACCAUGGUGAGGCUUUUCAGGGAAAAAAAGAAACCUUUCCUAGGAACAGUUCAAGGCAAGACCCGUCGCCUUUUAGGCACUUUAAGCUUAUUGGAUUUCGAGCUAAUAAUGGUUUAGCAUGAAAACUUAAUGUUCCUUUUAAUGAUGGAGAUCAUUCGUGAACAAUAAAUUAAGCCAAGGGAUGCCAGGUGAAUGGAAACUCAAAAUUUCCCAAUUGGCAUGGACUCAUAAUAGGCACAGUUAAUGAGUGGGAGAAGUUGUUGAAAUGUUCAGAUAAGCAGAUUGAUUAUAACCGCAAAUAAAGUAAAAAACCUAGUUCACUACUACUCAUCUAAUGAGCAGGACAAACAUAUAGAAAACACACUCCAUCUUUUGUUGGCAAACAUGGCCAACACCUAAAAAACUGAUGACCAAUCUAUCUAUUCCAAAAUUGCGUGAAAAAGUUUUAAUUUUUGUCGGCUCAUAGGGACUUGCACAUGUGACACCGAAAGGCCCUGAAGGGAUUUUUAUAUAAAUGCAUUUUAAAAAGUCGAACUAAGACAAAUGGACAAUAGUGCUCACGACAAAGACUGGUAGGGACUGAAACUAUAUUCUUCAUUUUACCAUACCAUAGCAACAAACUACCGGUAGGGGUUGUCGAAUUACCCUCUUUGAAAAAAAAAAUACAAAUAGCACCAGGACAAAGGAAAAGCCGGAAUGUUUACCGGUGAUAACGAUUUGCCCAAACAAAUGAAGUUUGGAUCGCUGUAAGUUUGACUUAACACCUCCGUUGGGUAAACCUCAGUCGGCGGAACAGAUCGGCAAAGAUAUAAGGUUAUAAACUCGAUUCUUUUUUUAAUAAAAAAGAUAGGCAAGAGUUUGUUUUGAACUUUGGUCGAGUUUCAUUUUAGGUAUUGUCAUUAAAAAAAGGCUUUUAAAGUGUUUCGUAAACAAUGUUAUUAAGAUUUUCAAAUAUUGAAUAACAAUAAAAGAAGGCUAGACCAUUUAGCUAUUCCCUAAAACAGCCUCCACUAACAGGAAUCGCACAGUUUCGAUCCUCUCUCUCGGCCAGCUUUUGAAAUUCAGUGGCGCCAACAAGCCUGAGUCUACACUAACAAUCAUGAUAUUAUUCUAUUAGUUUAAGUUCAAGUAAUCAGGAGUGCUGAGUAUUAUCACAACAAUAAAAAAGCGAACAAGGCUUAAGAAAGCGAGGUGUUAGCUUGAAGAAAAGCCUUCGGGGGGAACAGUUAUUGCUAGAACAACCAAUACGGACACUGAAGCACCGAACAGAACAUUCCAGAGCAAGCUGAUAGACACCGCUGAUCUUGUAAGUUAUUAAGAAAACGAGGAAAAGAAAAAAGAGUAUGUCUAUACAUGCUUUAUGAUAAGAUACUUUUUUAUGAUUCUAAAAUGUAUUUCUGGUUUAAGCAGGAGACAGCCGGAUUUUUUGUGUGUAUUCUGUAAGUGUCUAUACACAGUAUAACGCUUGCAUAGCAUAGUGUCUUAGCACAGUAAAAACGUAUGUGAGGGUGUGAGUGUUUGGAUGGUAACAAGUCGGUUUUUCAGGAUUGUUUGGACGGGAGUAAGCUAGCGUCCUGCGGGAAACACAGUUGGGAAUCUGGCCAUUUGCUAAGGUGUUCAAGUAUGUUUACUUUUAAAUCACACAAGCUCCAUAGGCGGUAUUACAUCAAACGAAUAACGCACAUGUUUGCCUACAAUUCUUGUUAACAAAGGCAGUUCGCGUGCUUUACUGUUCCCAGGUCAAUAGAAGACGUAAACAGAUUGAUCUCCUAGAGUUCGAGAGCUUUCACAACAUUUUUUAAUUUAGUAUUUCUAUUCGGUUUUAACUUUAUUUAGUGGCGGGUAUUUUGAAGCAAGGCGUGUUAUUAUUCAUUCGCAUACUACAGUGUGGGCUGGUCGGCGUGGACAAAGAACUUUUAAUUGGUGCUAGCUUCACAGUAGUUGCUUAAACAGGGAAUUUGUUUUGCCAACUUGAUGAGAUAUUUCCUGAAACUACCCUUACACAAACUGUGACGGCCACAUACUUAGAAUAUGGACUUAAGUAAUUAAGUAUUACCUAAUGCUAGUGUACUUCGUCGAAUUGUAGCCAUAGCGAAUCUUUUUCAUAACCACCAUUGAUACGGCAAUUAAAAUGUUACGAUACUAGUCAUUAACAUAUAGUAAACUGUUUGCUUUUUAUCCCAAGUCAUUUUGCUCGCGUAGAGACUAAUGCUGUGUUUACAAUUGAGCGUUCAACCUAGGUUGAGUAACUACCCAACCUAGGUUAGAUUUGGAGUGUGUGUGAACACGCUCGAAAUAGCCACUAAUGUGCCAGCAAUUACAAAGGAUCCGCAACCUAGGUUCGGUUGAGCUCAACCAUUCCAGGAGGCAUGGUUGAGCGUACUCAACCGAGGUUACAGGCAAAUCUGUUGACAGUUCUUGCGCUUUCCGAUGUCAGUCAUUUCUCAAAUAGUGUUUACUCAAUAGUCAUGAGAUUACCACAUGUUUUCUAGAUCUGCGCAUUUUGCUGGACAUUUUAUACAAUACUUUACAACAAACUUGUUUUCAAGUCAAGGGACUGCGAAUCCCUAACGUACUAGCACAAAAAAACUCGACGAAAACGACAAACAUAACAGAAAACAUCAGGCAAGGUGGUCCCUAAAAGAUCAUCUUGAAUUAUAGUGAAUCUCAAGCAGAAGCCACCACAGAAUAACAAGAACGGCCAGGAAAAUCACAAUAAUCGCAGCAGCAAUUUGACCUCAGAAUUCAAAUUGAUAACACCGGCGCUGUUCCAGCUGAAUGAUCAACCGAGGUUAAGUUUUCAAGUUUAAACGCAUUUCUCCUAACCGGGGUUCAGUUAACCACAAACUGAACCUAGGUUGACGCUUAAUGUAAACACAGCAUAAGUAUCUCUCUAUACAUCCGUUGCCAUGGUACAUCUAUUGAAAUCAUAACGUCAUAUAAUAAUUAUCAGUAAAUAAAGUGAGCCCUCGGCCAAGUGCCUUUGCCAAAUCCCUAGGCAGCUUUACUGAGCUGGUGAAUGUGAAAUCUAGCGAAGUACCCCUUGUAUACAGCAGCUUUUUGUUAAUUUUAACAAAGUGCUGCCAACAGCCCAUCUAGCAUGCUAAGCAAUUCUUUCACAAGCAAGUGCGAUAAGGGGUUUUAUUUUAGAAUCCAUGCGGUUCAGAGUUAUUAGAACAUAACAUCGGAGUUCUUAAUUUAAUUACUACCAUUGUUGUACAAAGUUUGAAGUUGCCGACACGUUCACCGAAAUCAUUCGGCAAGUUAUUAUUGUAUAUGCGCACAUGUGAAGAAAUCCCGCAGCCGGUUUCUUUUUUCCUUUUUUGACGGGAGGAAGAUAAGGUGGGCUUGCUUGCUGGGGAUGGUGAGGACCGCCUAAUGCAAGAGAGAUGCCUGGCACGUGCGGCCUAUACAUCAAGUGUUCAUACUUUGUUUUAUCCCUUUUCCGCGGACAACUGAGGACGCGCGGACGCGCAAAUUAUUAUCAGUCUUUUCAAAUACAAUAUAUAUGCGAUAUCCAACAAAGUAAAAUUAAAGGAAAUAAGUGAAGAUCGCGUGUCGUUUUGCGUCUUGCAACGGGGUUCCACGAGUCGAAUAAAAUAUGUAUUCCAUUAGCCGUGAAUAAGUCUAGGCCCCUAAGUCUACAUGACGACGAAAGAGCAAACAAUCGCGUUGAUCCGACGACAAAAUUAACACUUAGCGCCUUCAUAAGUCAAUAGUCCGUUUGCUCGCUUAAUUCGAAACGCACACUUCUCACCUAAGCUUUAGGAGGAUCAGGACAAGAGCGAGUAAAAAUAUAUCUGAUUCAAAACAGCGCGAUAAAGAGCUAGUUGCAAUGAUUGGGACAAGUGAAUCCUCAGGUUUUAAUUCGUAUAGAUGCUUAUCUGUCUGAUCAGGAUGCGCGUGUUCGGAGAGACAGCGUGUAACGUGCCUCAUGCUCGCAUAUAUGCUAGCAAGAGAAUGCAGGGGCUUUUGUAAGGAGUGCGAACCAGCAAUCGGACAAGUGCCGACAUCUUCCAUGUCACAACAUUGUCGAGAGGGGGCGUUUCGCUACAAUUUACACUCCAAAUUCGAACAAGAACGUAAUACGAUCUCUUGAAGCAAACUCUUUGGGAAUCCUAUAAUUAAUCAUAAGUGCCCCCAGGUAGCUGACCUCGGAAAUCGCUCCCAUUGUUUUGAAAGCUACUGGGCCUGCCUGACUUAGAUAAUAAGCCCCGAGAUUGACUUGCCCUACACACAGCUGUACUGCCUCUCUUGGCCUUUCACAAAAGGUGAUAUUUAUUGUGAGCGGACAACUUGUCCAGCCUUAGUUGAACCGUCGGUCAAUCAAAUGCGGCACAUCAAAAGGUCUCUAAUCAACCCUAUCAGUUUUUAGUCUAUCGAUAAUAUUUUUUUACAACCACGCCUGACUAGCAAUAUUAUUCUUGUGUGUUCUUUCUGGGAUCACAGGCCGAAACCACAGUUAGUCGAAGUGCUUGAUAAAGUGCGCGUGAAACAGAUCGUGCAUGCAGAGCGGAGGCGGCGAAACAGACGCUUUGUUUACUGAAGAGCCACCAAUCUAUCAGGCAAACACUUGGGCAAUUGAGAAAGAAGGACCGCAGCUCACUUGUGCUUAUUCAAUAAUCUCUUUAUGCAGUUCCCCAAGACCGAGGAACUACUAGACACGGCGAGUAGUCAACCAAGCACUGGGAUGCUAGCUGCAACUUGUAGUCGCAUUGGACAUCAGCAAUCGCCACCAGUCGCGGACGUGACUACAGCAAAGGGAUUCUACCCAUGGAAAUCGCCGCCUCAUCUUGAAAGUGUGGCCCUACAAAGAGCUCGCUUUAACGGAGAACCAAGCAUAGGGGGGAUAACUUCGGCGUUUACUUCAACAUAUGAGACUUCACUGAGUGAGCGGCCGGUAGAGAACGUGUACACAGUUUGCAAUAGCUUAGCGGCUGGACGUGGCGGUACGUCUUCAAGCCCUGUGGCUGUAAUGAGUCGAAUGCAUCAAUCGAUAUCAGACUAUCCUCGUAUUGGUCACUCGUAUCACGAAAACCCCUGGUAUAAACAGUCGCUAGACCACCACACACAUGCUCAGCACAGGCAAGGCUUUUGGGAGGUUCACGGCGGUCCCUGGCUUGAGGGAUCGACUUCAGCAGCCUCGUAUCAUCCUCCUCUUAGCCAUUUCUCGUCGGGGCUGCCGCACGAAUACACGUCGAGUAACGUGCCUCAUCCAGUGCCCGCAUUAGCACCAACGGUGACUGUAGGGAACCACCCGCACUUCUUCCCCCCUACAUCAUACCUACCUGGUGAUCCAAUCAAGUCCUCCUACCCUACGUAUAUUGACGGCCCUGCUUCGUACUUCCCGGGAACUGCGGCGUUUUUACAGUCAACGCCGAGUCUCGUGCCUAGAACUACCCGUCGGUACACUGGACGAGCCACUUGUGACUGUCCAAAUUGUCAGGAUAACGAGAGAAUGAGUGCAAGUGGAGCACCCUUCAGGAAAAAGUCCCAGCAUAUCUGCCACAUCCCCGGCUGCGGGAAGGUUUACGGCAAGACCUCGCAUUUGAAGGCGCAUUUACGGUGGCACACGGGAGAACGACCAUUCGUGUGCAAUUGGCUGUUCUGCGGGAAAAGGUUCACGCGAUCGGAUGAGCUACAAAGACAUCUACGUACUCACACUGGAGAAAAACGCUUCGCGUGUCCUAUCUGUAGCAAGCGCUUUAUGCGCGGUGAUCACUUGUCAAAACACGUUAAAACGCAUAAUAAUAUCACACCAAAGAAAGCGGACUCUGAAAAAUCUGAGGAUGAGAAAACCACGAACUCGGAGGAUCAACGGAGUGAGGAAGAAUCUAACAAUGUUUGCGUCUCUGAGUCCCUCGCAGACUCAGUUCGUACGCGCAUUCUAAGUGACUCAUGAAGCCUUGUAAAACCCACAGUAUGAUUCAUGUGAUAGUUUGGAGGCAUCGCUUCACUAGUAUAGCGCAAAUUGUUUAUUUCUCUAAAAUAAUCAAAAUGGGACUAUUCUAAGGAUGUUUUCAGUAGCACUAGUUAACUGAUAUGGUUGACUAAUAGCAAAAUGCUUGACUCUUUCUAGACUAUUAUUACAUAAAAGGCACCGCAUAUCGGCUCUUAAAAACACGAAAAGGAAUUUAGAAAAAAAAGUUUUAACAGGGGCGAAUUGCGAGCACAAUUUCACGAGUUUCUAACAGUAGGAGUGUAAAUAUAAGCACUGUUGAAGCUGUUUGACCAAGUCAAAAGAGAACUAGAACAAUUUUUACGGCUUUGCGUUGGAAGCCAAAUUCCGUUUGAAAUUACAGAAAUUCAUAUUUAUUACUUAAAGUGUUGUAUAUUCAAGCUAUUUAUGGUUAUAAUCACAACAGCUAUUUUUCUUGCCUUUUGGUCUUGAAAAUAUAGCCUGUCCACUCUCUAGAGCUUUAAUAUUUACAGAUACAAGACAUUGAAUUUUCGACCUUCUUGGCAUAAAGACGAGAGAGCAGAAAAUUUUCGAUUAAAAGAAGUGUCCGGUAUUAAA